CAAACUCCUCCUCCUCCUCCUCCUCCUCUGCUUCUUCUUCUUCCUCUUCUUCCUCUUCUUCCUGUUCUUCCUCUUUCUAUGUCUGCUGUGAAUCAGUUUUCCUAGAUUUUCAAACCUUGUUUAUAAGCAGAGAGCCAUUUCCUCUUCAGGCUUACCUAAGCAGCGGGCUAACAUUUGCCUUCCCAGGGUCAGGGAGUUUGUGGGCGACUUCUGCUUUUUGUUCUCUGACACACUUUCCUUCCCUCCUGGGAACUGACUCCAAAGUCUGGCAUCACCUUUCCUUCCCCUUUAAAACGAAAUGUUUUCAGCAAGGAUGGGGGGGUGGCUGGCAGGCUAGUAACUGAGCUGGCACUUGGCUGCCUUUCCCGUGCAUAACUCUGAAUGUUCCCGGAGGACUCGGCCAUGCGUCUGCGACUGGGGAAUGUCUUCAUGCAUUCUUUCACCAGGACGGGAGGCACGAUCCACAGGAACAUGGAGCCUGCCAGUGAGAAACUACGGAAGGAGUUGGAGGAGGAGUUGAAACUCAGUAUGGAUCAGCUGUGCAGCCACGCCUGGUACCAUGGCUGUCUGCCCCGCAAGGAGGCAGAGUCUUUGCUGCAGAAGGAUGGAGAAUUCCUGAUCCGUGACUCACGGUCCAGCGCAGGAGACUAUGUUCUGUCCUGCUUCUGGGGUGGCCAGGCCCUACACUUCAAGAUCAUCCGAGUGGUCCUCCGUCCUCGCAAGGGUUAUUCCCGCACCCUCUUCCAGUUUGAGCAGGAGCAGUUCGACAACGUGCCGGCCUUGGUGCGCUUCUAUGUGGGCAACCGGAAAGCUAUCUCGGACACCUCAGGGGCUGUGGUGUCCCAGCCUGUCAACAGGAGCUUGCCUCUCUGUUAUCUGGAGGAACGCUACAGGGACACCGGACAGCUCCCUGGACUGGACAAGAAGCACAGAGCACCGGCUUGGCGGUUCAGUUCCCGCACAGCCACAGCUGGUGAGGAAAUGGCGGAGGUGAACAUACUUUGGACAAAGGACCGAAGAGGAAGUGACCCCAGUAGCCUCAACCAGCUGGACUGGAGACCCUCGCUGUACUCUGCUCGUUCAGACAGCAAUUUGCUAAAUGGCAGCCCAGAAGCUCCGCCUGGAAUCCAGGACCACAGCCCUCUCCCUCUCCCUCCCCCAUCUCCAGUCUUCCGCACAGGGAGCGACCCCGUCCUUCGGCCAAACACUCCUUCAUCUUACGCACAGGGGGGCUCGGCCCUGAGUGGCUCUGAGGGGCGGCUCCAUGCCAAGGCGCCACUCAAGCCCCUCCGGGCCCCUUCCGUGCUAGUGAAUGACUACUGUGAACUGGUGCCCAAGGCCCCCGAAGGCCCCCGGAGCCACGUGGAACACCUGAAAGUGGAAGAGAGGUGGCGUGGCUGGGCUCACGUCACAGAGACUGCCUUUGGGUUCCUGGACGCGGAAGGGUCUUCUCCCUUGCCUGACUUGGGGGACACGAAGGAGGAGCUGGGAUUUGAGCGGCCCCUGCUGGAGACGGUCUCCUCCUUCCAGCCUCGGCUCUUCCGCUCACUGCUCUUGCCUCCUGACAAUAAGCCCUUGGACCCCAAAACUCUCCAGAGCCUCAAGGCCAUCUUUUCCCAGCACGACUGCCGAGUGACUGCCUUGCACAUCCUGCAGGUGGACUGCCAGGCUGCCAGAAUCACUGGUGUCUCCAAGGAGCAGCAGCAGGCCAUGGGGGUUGACUCAGGCCUGGAGCUGAUAACGUUGCCUCAAGGGCACCAACUGCGGAAGGACCUGCUGGAAAGGCACCACUUGAUCGCUCUGGGCAUUGCGGUGGACAUCCUGGGCUGCACCGGGGCAGUGACGGACCGGGCGGCCAUCUUGCACAAGAUCAUCCAGCUGGCCGUGGAACUCUGGCAGUCGGCGGGGGACCUCUUUGCUUUCUCCGCUGUGAUGAAGGCCUUGCAGAUGCCUCAGAUUACGCGGCUAAACCAAACAUGGCGGCAGCUGCGGCAAGGCCACACACAGAGCGCCAUCGUCUUUGAGAAGGAGCUCAAGCCCCUCAUGGGGAGGCUGAACCGGGCCGAAGGAGAUGAGGUCCCCUCCCUGAAGGAAGUGGCCGUGCCUCACAUCCUGCCCCUCCUCUGCCUGAUGGAAGGAGAAGAGCUUCUGGGGGAGAACGAGGAGACCUGCGCGGUCCUCUUGCGCAUCCUGGCAGCUGCCCGCUCCGUUGCAACCAACACCGGUGUCUUUCGUGCCAACGCGGAGGCGAAACUGCAAGGACUCCAAGCCUUCCCUGAGCUUCUGGAAGCUUUCAGAACAGAGUUUGCCCUUCUGUUAUUCUGGGGCAGCAAAGGAGCUGAAGCAGGCAGGACCGAGCGCCACCGAAAAUUCGACAGGAUUCUGACCGUCCUUUCCCAGAAACUAGAGUGAAUGAGGCUGGGGCAGUGUCGGUUCACCCUUCUGGAAAUGAACGCAGCCUUAUUGGAAUGGGCACAAGGCCAGGGAGGCGCGCUAGAAGUGGCCUCUGGAGCCGUACUGGGCUGCUGCAUCCGCUGGCUGCAAUGCACUUCGGAUGGAGACCAGCUUUGGGAGUUGUGAAAUUCAUCAGCCGGACAAGUGGUCCUGGCCUUCCCCAUGGUAGAGCGUGCGCCUCGGGCUGGUCUCAUGUGAACAAGUCGAUUCACUUCCCCCUCCUUAACGUAAAGCCAUGCGGUGUCCUGGUCCUAGAGGCUGCUGUGUGCCCCAGCUGGCAGGCAGAAGUUCAAACAGUGUAGCCCCAGUGGGGGAGGACACAGGCUCCUUCUGCCCACCUCUUCUACUACUGUACGUGUUCCCAUCAAGAUGCCUCCUACCUGUGGCAACCCUAUGAAUCAACGUCCAUCGAUGUAGGGGUGAGCCAGCGAACCCGGCAGAGCUUCAGACAGAGCACAGGAAUGCCUGUGCCAUCUGUUGCCCUCUGGGCAAGCACCCUCACCGGU